AUGGGCAUGAAAAGACAGCAUGUGAUCGUCUACAACCAGUCCAAGCAUGCGACAAAUUCCGUUCUUGCGGACAUUCGCGCUGUUUGGGGCAGCUCAGUUCGUGUGAUACAGACCUUGGAGGAGGGCAGGCAAAGAUUGCCGGGCAUGGACGCCGCCCUCUAUGUGAAGCCCAAGACAUGGGGUGAUCUGCAGCACUUCAAGGAACGCCUUGACUUCCUCUGCACUCAGGACCAUGAACUCAGCCGUCACCGAGCUGCCAAGCAGGUUGUCUUCAUGCCGGGUUGGUCCGCCUUCGCAGAAUCCGCGGAAGCCGCCGUGGGCGUGCAGAACCUUGGCCUGGUCUGGCCUGGUACGGAGCCCAAGGCUUCACAGGGCUUGGAGAAGAUCGGCUUCAAAAGAAUCUGUGAAAAGGUGGGGGCACCGACGCCGCCCUUCACGGUGCUCUCCGAGGAGGAUGCACCUUUGGUCGACCUCACUAAUCCCGAAUCCAAGGAGGCUUGCGUUCAAGAGUUCAUGAAGAAAAUCCUCGAGAUGAACUUCUCCGAAAAGGGUCUGAUCAAGAGUAUCCAUGGCGGCGGUGGCAAAGGAACGGCGCACCUGAAUCAUCCCGACCAGCCGCACGAGGUUCGAAGGGCCGUGGAGAAGGUGAUCACAGAGAUGAACCGCACAGACGGGAUCUACUUUGAGCAACGGGUGAAUACAAAAGGUGAUGGACGCUUCUACCAGAUUGAGCUUGAGGUGGACGGUGGCACCGUCGCAGAUGGCGGCCGGUUCGUGUGGUUCAACUCCGGACUGCAGAAGGUUGUGGAAAUUGGCCUCAGCGAUGACAAGAUUGACCUCUUUAUGCCACAGGAUCUGUAUCAGAAGUCGCGGAAGUGGGCUGGAGACAUCGCGAAAAUGGGCAACAACAACACCAGGGCCACCAUGGAAGCCCUCGUGUUCCAGAAUGAAAAAGGUGAGUACGAGUGCUCCUUUAUCGAGUGCAAUCGACGUCCACAAGUCGAAAACGAAGCACUCGCACUGUUGCAGACCGAUAGCAAGGGCAAUAGACGCUACACUUUCGCAGAGCUGAUGAUGCGUGCAAAAGGAUACCCGGCACCGACGUUUGCGCCGGCCAAGGAUUGCUCCAUCGUCCUCCAUGCAAGGUGGCUGCACGGCAAUCCCGACAGCGACGGCAAGAUCACCUACCAGGCCGGGAACAUCCUCGGCAUGACUGGACCUCGGCUGGACUACAUCAAGGCAGAGUUGAUGGCUCCCGGCGAAAUCUCCUUCACGGCAGAUCCGCAGCUGGGCAAGGCCGUGAUCACAGCCGACACUUGGGACGAGAUGUGCGACAAUGCGGCUGAAUACUUCAGGCUUCGCAAGCCAGCAGUCAUGGGAGCAGCAUCCACCUAUGCACAGACGCUGUACAACCUCUUCACCUGUCCCAAGUUCCGAGCUGGGAAAACAGCUUCCAACGAGACCUUCGCACACAUUGAGAUCCCAGACCACCCAGAUCGAAGCGUGCUGACAGUUCUGAAGGAGCAAGUUGCUCCCGCCAUUGUGAAUGGCUAUCGGAAGGGGGAGGGCGUCGACCCUGAGCGCUAUCCCACUCUGGGUGUGACAUCCGCUGUGGAGGAACUGACACAUGAACUCACAAAGACUGCACCGGAGGCCACCAAGUUCACGGCCUUCGCCCGGGGAGAGGCAUCCUACGAGGACUACAUCGCAGAGUUGCGAGCCAAGCUCGACAAGCAGGGCGGCGGCUGGGUUACCGUGGCGCCCCGUGACACGGCCCAGCAGGGCAAUGACUCCGAGAGCGCGUCCGUGAGCAACGUCAGUCGAAUCAACGCUGAAGUCUGGGCACAAAAAGCUGGCUGCGUUGGCUAUGAGACGGGCGGGGCGCAGUACCAAGCAGGUUUGAUUCGUGGCUUCGAUCCUGCGGCGAUUCUUCGCGUCGGCCUGCCGUACAACAUGCCUGCUCACUCGCUGCAGCGCUCGCAGUACGUCAAUGGCCUGGCAGAGCUUACGCCCGAGAUCCGGCGUCCUCUCUUCCAAGCGACGGGCGAGAUCGUGUCGCAGCACUACCGCGGCAAGGGAAGCAUCGAGAGCUGGGUGCCUUGGAUGCCCUACAACUUCCAUGCCGGCAACUUCGUCGACCCGAAAACAGGACACAGCCCACAGGACGAGACGACCCUGGAGCUGUUGGACGCAAAAUGCUUGCCAAUGCCAAAUUGGGUCUUCUCGCCUAAAUUUCCCUUGGAGGCUCUGAAGAAGUGGACCGAGCGCCAGAUUGACCUCUUCGGCACGAAGGGCCUCCAGUUGCACCAGAUCCGCAUCAAGAACCCCGGCCAGGGCAAAGACUGGACGGCGGACGCCGUCUGGGCUCACAUCGAAACGAUGAUCGCGGCCUUCAAAGAGAAGGGUCUACCACCGCCGAUUGUCCACAUCCACAAUCAUGACUUCAAUGGUACCGCCGCGCACGUGGGUGCAGAGCUCUUCCGAAAGGCCCACAAGGCGAAUUUCAGCACCCUGGUCAUUGAUGCUGCUCCACGCAAGAAUGGUACUCACAAUGACAACACUGUGCUACUGGACCCGCUGAACUUGAGUGGAGAGGAGCAUGCAGCUAUGGCGGAGUACAAUCACAAUCAGCAGGUGAUUGAGAACAUCUUGUGCAGGUUUGACAGCCGCACUUCGCAGAUGACUCCGUGGGACUCCGACUGGGCCGGCGGAACCGAAGGCUCGGAUAUCCGGAUUGCCAAAGAAUAUUCAUUGGAUGUGCGGAAAAUCAACCACGCCAAGGAGGUGGCCAGCGAGGUCUUCCCCCUCGAGCGAGCCGUUACACCCUUUUCGGAAUACAAGCUGCGACUGGGAAUUGCCAUCAUGAUCGAGCCCGGCAUUGAGCCAAAGACCGCUGAUGCAGUACGGCAGUGGGUCAACAAGGGUGGAAAGUUGAAAGUUGGCGGCGAUGUGCUGGUGGGCCUGAAGCGCUGGGAGACGCUGGUUCCCAAAACCCCGGAGGUCGACAAGCUCCUGCAGAACAUGCCCGAGGAGCUCGAAGCCGCAUUGGCUCAGAAGUCAAAGCUCAUUGGCCCCGGCGACCUCCCUGCAGACCUGACGCCGGCUCAGCGCCACACGGCCCUGGGCUAUCAGGCCAAAGGACUGGAAUUUGUCAAGGCGCAGGCCAAGGGCACCGACUUGACGCCGCUGCUAAUUGCACCAACAGUGCUGCACAGCGCCCCGAAGAGCCUGAAGCCGGGCUCCAAUUUCCAGAUCCUGAUGGACAAGCUGGACGGCGAGUUGCCGAAGAAGGAGGAGAUCGAGUUUGUGGGCUUCGGCUUGGCUCCAGGAGCAGCCUCGGGGCCCCAGAGUUUGGCCCGAGAGCUGGUCCUCAGCUUUCUGCACGAAGGCCAAACGGUCCAGGUGCAGCUGCCAGAUCCGGAUGCAGUAGCCAGCUCGGCAGCAGCCGGAAGCGGGCCGCGUAAAGCCACGCCUGGCAACAAGUUUGAGGUCCCGACGGUGGUACCCGGAGAGGUGCUUUCCUACGCUGUCAAGGUGGGCGACACCUUGGAAAAGGGGCAGAUCCUGUGCGUCCUGGAGUCAAUGAAAAUGGAGAUGAAGAUUCCGGUGCCGGAUGAGCUGGUCGGUCUCAAAGUGAAGGACCUGCCGUGCAAGGGGAGGACCAAGGAGAAGCAGGGCGACAUCCUGGCACCAGGGGACCUCAUGAUCGAGCUCUCGGAGUGA